UCAAUUACAUGCAAUGCAAAGGGCUUAAAAGGUCAAGGACGAAAAUAGCACUUAUUUCCUAAGGCUAGAAACUGCAUGGUGACAUUUAUUUGGUAAAUGGAAACAGUACACUGACAUAAGCCGGAAAAAAGAGCUGUUUGAACCAUAAAAACACUUGCGUGACUUUGGAUUUCAUUUUGAAGAAGAGAGCAGAAUAUUUUUGCUGUCCCACCGUCUGUGAGCUCUUGAAAACAGCAAUGUCCUUCGUUUUAGUGUUUUGUUCGCUGCUCUGCAAAUUAGCAGUGACUGAAGGGCUUUCUUGUUCUUAUUCAAAUUCUCGUGACCAAAACAUGAACAUUUUAUUACAAAGUUCAUCAGGAGUCUUUGAAAGCCCAGGAUAUCCAGACGGCUACUCCUUUGACCUAAUAAGCCAGUGCCGCUGGAAGCUAAUAGCCCCACCUGGUAGAAUGGUUCGCUUGACAUUUCUGAGUUUUCAAAUGAAUGAUUAUGAUCAAGUGGAAAUAAAAGAUCGUGGCGAUAACUGGAGCACCUAUCGCUCAAUAAUUCGAUCUGGUUAUUUGCCUACAUUUACUGUAUUCUCUACUGGACAACAGCUUGAGGUUAAAGUUUCAGGAAAUCCUGGAAAAACUGGACCAGGAUUCUUUGCAAAUUAUACAAUGAUACCUGCUGCAGUUUCACAUGGAAAAUGCAACCCUGAAAAAAAUACUACUGUGCAGCUGACAGGUGAAGGAAUGAGUUUUUUUACUCCAGGAUUUCCAAUGUACCUGGGGAAAGGAGCUGCUUGUGUUUGGAACAUCACAGUAUCCCGUGGAAAGUUUAUUAAGCUGACAUUUUGGAGUUUCAGGGCCUCAGGAUGUGACGGGAACUAUGCUAAUGUUUCGGAGGUAACAAAUGGUACACAGACAUUCUUAAACAAGUUCUGUUCUAGUCAAGAUGGAACAGAUCAGGUGGUGUAUUCAACAGGACACAACUUAGUUGUCUCUGGACUGUUCAAGAAAGGAGGAUUUGUUGCAACCUUUGAGGCAGUAACCUCCAUUCCUGGUGGAGAUUCUUGUCUCAAUGAUCGGGAAAUAGAGCUUAGUAAAAAUUCUAGUGAAUUAGCAAGUUAUGGCUUUCCCAAUCUCUACCCCAACGAUGCCAAAUGUACCUGGACAAUAACGGCCCCCCCUGGGUAUCUUAUUCAAUUGACUUUUAACUCAUUCAACUUGGAGCCUUCUCAAAAUUGUAAGAAGGAUUUUGUGAAAGUUGAGGAAGGUGCACUCUAUUUUGGUUAUCCAGGUAAUACUGUUCUUGGCAUGUUCUGUGGUUCUUCUUUACCACCAGUUAUUCGGUCAAAGUUUUCAACAAUGUAUGUAGAUUUUGAGACGGACAGUUCAGGAAUGUACCGAGGAUUUCAUGCAAGCUUCAUGACUUUUCCUGACCCGGGUGUGGGACCCUGCAAACUUGAAGGAGUUGACAAUGUUUUUCGAGUGACCGACAGCAAAGGAGAAAUUUUUUCGCCCAAAUUUCCUCCGGGGACCCCUCCCAGGGACAUGAUGUGCACAUGGACAAUCACCGUACCUGAGAGACACUUUGUCAGGUUCAACUUGAUUGAAUACAAGUUUCAUAACUACUGUGGCAAAUGGAACACCAGCCUUGAAAUUCGUGAUGGGGGAAGUUCAGCCAGCAAUUUGUUAAAGUUAUACUGUGAAGACACCUUUUAUGGACUAGAGCUCUUCUCCAGCGGUCGGCAACUUUGGGUUAGGUUCCAGUCCCCCAAGGCUGAUUGGUCGUUUUUGCCUCGGUUCAGUGCAGUUUUUGAAGCAGUGAAACAAUUACCAGCCCCUUACUCUUGCGUGACAAAUACGCGCAACUUUGAACUGUCGUCGGAGACUGGUGCCCUAGCCAGCUACAACUACCCACUGGCGUAUGAUCUGCCGAUUGGGGUUGACUGUACCUGGACAAUUAGGACUGGGAAACUGAAAAAAAUCCAACUGUCGUUUGACUCGUUCAAUCUAACAGACACCAAACCAGAGUGUUCGCAUUCUGAUUACGUUGAGGUCGGAGAUGGAGAAUGGUCAGGGGUUUGGACACUGAUUGGAAGAUUCUGUGGAUCGCAGAUCCCUCCAGUUAUAAACUCAAAUAAGUCCACCAUGUUGGUCAGGUUAGUGACCACUGGAAAGACAAAACAUCCCGGAUUUAAAGCGAGUUACAAAUCAGUUGUGGCCACUGAAGGCAUUCUGGUAAUAUUGGCAGGUUGUCUCGGUGGGGUUCUUCUUUGCUUAGUGAUUGGAAUUGGAUGUCACAGAUAUUGCAGGUCACGUCGAGAACGAGCCACACGCGAUGGCGGAAUUGAAGUUGUUCUGUUGCACGAAGAGAACGCCGCUGAAUUGUGAUUUGGCCUUUCUAUGUGUGUUCGCCCUUCACUCCUGGACCUUUCACAGGAGCCUCUUUAUGUGAACCAUGGAUUCUAGGAUCAAUGUUGCUUAAGUGACGCUAAAGCUGCACGUGAUGUUUUAAAAAAAUGAAAGGACUAAAAAAAACCCAUGAUAUAACGAGUACCUCUGUUAACAGAAAAGUAGUUAAAGUCCCUUGCUCGUCUAGCUUGUGGCAAUAUUUUGCCACCAGGUUAUUUGAAAGUAUAAGCCGUCCGCCUAAAGCUUAGUCCCUCCGAGCAAGCCAAAUGAAGGGCGACGUUCUUGCAGCAUUUGACAGCUGCAAGUCGAUCUUGUGUUCUGCGUACACUGUAAGAACAUGGGUGGAAAGAAGAGACUUUUCCUACUUUAGAAAUUAUCCCUGGUGUUCAAAAAAGAGGGAAGAAAAGGAUAAAAUUACAACAGGGGGUAACUAUUCCUAACCGAGGGUAAAGCUGGGUUAAGUUUGGAUGAUCAUAUUCUAAAAAAUAUUUAUAAUAGUAAUAUUACUUAAUAAUUCCUUUUCAUUUUGUUCACAUUACUGAAUUCAUAACAUGAUAAUGAAAUGGACAUAUGUAACCACAGUCAAACAGUACUAUUAAAUGAAAAGGUGGCUAUAAUUACACAUAAAGUGUCCUCAAAACGUA